CGAGGCUUCAAAACGGCAGUUAAAAAAAACCCAAUGGGUGACGUCACCUUUGCCACCUGGUCUGCUCUCUGGUUACGUCAUCAAUGGGUUACGUUCGUUACGUCUCCACGCCGCGCCAAACUCUCUUGGCAGUUGAGAUGUCAGUCCGGGAUACAGCAAGGAUACCGCUGUUUGCUUGUUUCUGCGCUAACCUGACUGAAUGAGCAGCGAACAAACACCCAAACACCGCAGACUUGAACCAAAGGAAACAAAGAGGAGACUGCUGUAAUUUACAAACAUGGGGGCUUUGAUUUCCCGAUGGAAGGCAAAGCCAACCACAGUUGAGCAGCUGGAGAACCUGGAUAAGGAUAUUAAAGAGCUGGAGGAGUUUAGAGCCAAAAACCAACGUCUGCAAAAGCUGUGGGUCGGCCGUUUGCUUCUCUACUCAUCAGUCCUCUACCUCUUGACCUGUCUGAUUGUCUAUUGUCUCUACCUACCUGAACAAUGGUUGCACAGAAUAGCAAUGGCCCUGCCUUUCUUCAUAUAUCCUGUGCUAGUGUGGUUCAUCAGGAAGUUACUGAUUUUCCUUUUCUGCAAACGCACUGAGAGAAACAAUGAUAAACUAGAAGAUUUAAAGGCUUCCAAGAAAAAGAUUCUGGAGGAAGUGAUGGAAACAGAGACGUAUAAAAAUGCCAAACUCAUCCUGGAGCGCUUUGAUCCAGAAGCCAAGAAGAAAACUGAGCUGGAGUCGACUCCGGUGCGUCCUCAGAUGACUCCCAGGCCAGGACAAGAGAUUCGACAAAGAGGGGUGGCAAUGAGACCCAUGCCAAUGGGCACCCCGGUUGCCAUGACAAUGACUCCCCUACCUGGAGCACGGCCCCCAUUGGGACCAGGGGGCACACCUGUGGAACCUGUCCCUCUCUCAGCUCCAGGAGGACCACCGGAGAGAUCUGCUCUGUCUGCCUCUGUGCUCCAGGGGGCUGUACCAAGGACCCCCUGCUCCCCUAUACCAGGUGUAGGCAUGCACCCCCCAGGUCCUCCAUUAGCAAGACCCAUUCUGCCCAAAGACAGGGGAGCUGUGGAUCGAGUCAUUGAGUACCUGGUAGGGGAUGGACCACAGAACAGAUACGCGUUGAUCUGUCAACAGUGUUUUUCUCAUAAUGGCAUGGCUCUGAAAGAAGAGUUUGAAUACCUGGCAUUUCGUUGUGCAUAUUGCUACUUCCUGAAUCCGGCCAGGAAGACACGCCCUCAGGCUCCAAGGCUUCCAGAGUUCAGCUUUGAGAGGAGGCUGCGAGCAGAAUCACGUUCCCCUGGACCAACACCACGUUCCGGGACUGAGACAGAGGAGGAGAGUGCACCUCCUUCUGGAGCCAAGGCUCCGGCUCCAUGGAAUUUGGUCCACAGUUUCCAGAUCCAGCAGAGUCCAAAGAACCCUCAGACCCGACCUCUGCAGAGUCCAGAUGAGAAAGAAAUAGGAGAAGACGAAGGACCCACUCAAGAAGUAGAGAACGAGAGCCAGGCAGAGGAGCAGCCACAUCAGGAGGAGGAGGAAGAACUGGUCCAGGAGGAGAAGGAGGAGGAGGAAGAGGUGGCAGAGGAGGGAUUAGAGCAGUGUCAGAGCGCUCCCUGUGAGACAGAAUCUCAACCAUCAUAGCUGCAGAAAGUUCAGACGGGGACCAGGGAAGUCUGAUCACUGUGUCCAAAUGAGGUUUUGAUACUGGCAAUGAUAGACCGGUGGCAUUUUAAAGCAAUAUAGCUGGACAAGGAUGGCUUAAUGAUAUUUUUCAUCAUUUUUCACCAUCAUACUAAGACAAAGCACCUUGAGGAGAUUAUGGAGAUGAUAUGCUUGGUAAAUGGUGUGUACUCUUAAUGAAAAACAUAAUGCAGUAUACAUUUGUCAUAUUUAAUUGUCCAACAAUAUUGCUUAAAAUGAUGCCAGCAUUUCAUGGCCUUAACAGUUCGAUUGGUUCAAUGGGAAGUUGUCAGAUUGAUGAUUGUAGUUUUAAUCUGAAGGCUGUUUCUUUAUAGAAUAGUUGGCUGCUGAUACUGCUCUAUACGUGGUUACUGACAAACUGAUUUAGUUUAAUAUUCUAAGAUUCACAGUUUUGUUAGGUUUAAGUAGCUGGCUUAUAGAUGAUUUGUUAAAGGAAAGUGUUAAGUUUUUAGAUUAAACUGCUGGUUCACAAAAGGUUUGUCCUCAGAUGCAGCAAAAACAAAUACAUGCUUCAAUUGAAAUGAAUUCCCUGAUUCUUAUUUCAGUCAUUUAAUUUUUAACUCUACCAGUACUGUAUAUUUGACUAAAUAUCAUAGUUGCACACAUGUUGUAUACAUGUUAUUGUUUUGUUGAGUUGUAAACAAAUAUUUCCCACAAAGGUUGGUGAGAAAACAUAAGCUCUAACAAAGUGUAUUUUUAGACAAACCUUUAAUGAAUCAGGGCAUCAUCAAUUGUGUUUAAAGUACAUGCAUACAAGUAUGCCAUUAAGUGUUAGGGUUCUGUUGUGGCUUUUUUUUCCUCUCCUAGUUUUAAUCCCUCAUACAAGCUUUUGUCUUAAUACUGAAACAUCUAGGAAAACUUGGAUUUACUCACAUUUUACCAAACACUGAUGCAUGUACACAUUUUCAUCAUUUUAAUUUAUCAAGUUUAUUCAUGAUGUUGGAACAGCUUGUCUCAGACAGGCAGAAUAUCGGAUAUGAACAGAUAUCCAGAAAAGCACAGUUAGUGCAUUUAAACACUCGUUGCACUCAGAUCUCCUAGCAGCAAAGGUCCUGGGGUUAUUGGCCAAAAUGGAGGAAUAGACCAGGGUGUAUACCAACAGUUAGAGAAAGAUUUAGUCAAAGUCAAAGGCCAACAGCAGAUUAUUUCCAAUCAUGAUAAAUGUCCCAUGUAGUCUUGCAUUUACCCAGGACGCUGUAUGCUCAAUGCUCCAUCCAAUAACUGAACUCAGAUCAGCCAGGCACAACAGAAAAUAUGUGCUUGUGUUAGGAGGCUAUUCUGUGUCGGAGGAGCUGACUCUUCAGCAAUCUGGACAACCCUGCUGCUUUGUCCGAGGUUUCCCCUGAUAGAAAAUAGUUUUGGAAAUGAGUCAGACUUUACUGAAAUAAUUUGACUUGUUAUUUUUCCUCAUCAAGACUGUUUUGCAAUGUAGGAAAAGUGAACCUCUGCAGUUAAAUUAAGUGGUUUUAUAAAGAUCCUUCUUUGAGAUAGGGCCUGUUUACCUAAGAUGACUUAUUACCUUGAGGAGUGCAUUAGUGCUGAUGAGCCAGCAAUGAAGCAGUCUCUGAAUAAACUAAACAUUUGGCAUGCAAAAAAAACAAAAACAGAUUGGAGCUACAACUGCCAAUUUAUCUCUAUCUGGUUAUUGCCAGCCAGAGUCCUCAAUGGGAUUAUCAUUUGCCAAAUGCACUGUUGUUUUUUCUGAAUCUCCUGACAUCAUUUGCACUGACUUUCUCUUUGUAUUUAUUUGGCUAUAUUGUGUUUUAAUCUUUAGUUCAGGUAUUGCUUCACUGUUGUAAGACAUGUAAUCUGUAACUGCCACGUUACUGUCACAACAAUUUAAAAUUAUAGGCCUGGUUUGGGUUCUGUAGCCUCCAGGGUGCUGAGGAUUACCAUUUUUAGAAAUAUGUUUUAUUCUUUGUGCUUACAUUAACUGUGUUUUAAAUGUGUGCCCUCACAGAAGAUACCUGGUGCCAUCAUAAUGCGUGCCUUGGUUGCUGCCAGUAUAUCCAUUAGUUUACACUAUAAUCUGCGCAAUGUCUAGCUACUGUAGCAGCAACAAAUGAAGACAGUCCAUGGCUCUUUCAGGGCCGCACUAGCACCUGGUGUUUUUGACAACAAUUUAUUCUGUUAUUAAAUGGAGCCAGAAGAAAUGGUGUCCAUGCAAAUAUAAAUUUGUUACAUUACCUGUGUUGUACAGGUCUGGUCCUAGAAACACCUAGGCUAAGAGGGGAAAGAGUGCGACACAUUAAAUUACUUUAAAAGUGUUUCCACAGUAAUUGUGUGUUUGUUGACCUCCUCUAAACCUUGCAGCAACCCAGAAUAAUCUGUCAAAACAAAAGCUUGCUGUAAAGAUUUGGUCCCUUCUGAAUCCGUACCUGGCAGCAAAAGUAUUCUUGGACAAACCUUUGUUGAAUGUUGAGGAGAGACCACUCUAUGAAUAGAAAGUUGUCUGACACCACGCCUUGACCGCAACUUGACAUUUUGAUUUGUUCCAUUUUUCACUGCACCAGGUGUGUUUCCAGAAGUUGCAAAAAUGUUGCAUCAUGGUACCUGUACCAGCUUACUGAUGUGUGUUUAGCUGAAGGCUACCAGUGUUAACAAGCUUCUUACUCUCAAUAAUACUGCUGAUGAUGAAAAUGUCGAAAAAUUCCAAAUAUGAAGCUGUCACUUUAAUAUUUAAAAAAAAAAAACUUCUCAGAUACUCAAUAGGAUGUCUCACAUACUGGCACGUGUAGUACCUGGUCACUUAGUAUUUGCAGUUUCUCCAUUUUUUUUUUUUUUUUUUUUUGCACUGCUAGAAUUAUCAGGUGAAUUUUCUGCCAAUGCUGAAUGUCAAGUGUGUGCGUGGCACAUAUAAUAAAGUUUUUUAACAACAAAAGAAGGCGAUAGUUGUGCUGUUGUGGUUCUUAAAUGCUGUCCCCAUCUGCUUCAGUGCCCAAUCAGAUCUAGAUUAUAGGGCUGCUGUAAGGAAUAAGUGAUAAGAUACUUAUGGAAAAGAUGUAAGAUUUAAUGAUAUAUUAUGUCGGUGAAGUCUGAGCUUUGCAUAGCAAAACCAUUAUAAUACAACAAUAAAAGAAGAUAUGGCAUAAA